AUGGAGCUGUGCGGGCGGGGCUGGGUUGGCCUGGCGGCCAAGGGAGCCUGCGGUGGAUGGGGCCCAUGGCGGCCUUGGCUCUGUCUCCGUGGCCGUGCGGCCCUUGCGGGGCGGCGCGGAAGGAGCACCGGGCGCGCUGCUGGGGGCCGUCAGGACCAGCAGCAGGACUGGAGCCGCCGGAACAGGACGGUGCUUACCUACCUGGCGGCUGCGGCCGUGGGCAUGGCAGGUGUGUCCUAUGCGGCCGUGCCACUCUACCGGCUCUAUUGCCAGGCUACUGGACUUGGUGGGUCUGCAGUAGCAGGUCAUGGUUCAGACCAGAUUGAGACGAUGGAACGUAUAAAAGAUCGCAUUCUUAAGAUCACUUUCAAUGCAGAUGUACAUUCAAGUCUUCAGUGGAAUUUCAGGCCUCAGCAGACUGAAGUUUAUGUAGUUCCAGGAGAGACUGCACUGGCAUUUUACAAAGCAAAGAAUCCCACAGAUAAACCAAUAAUUGGAAUCUCUACCUACAAUGUGGUGCCUUUUGAAGCUGGCCAGUAUUUCAAUAAAAUACAAUGCUUUUGUUUUGAAGAACAGCGACUUAAUCCCCAUGAAGAAGUAGAUAUGCCGGUCUUUUUCUUCAUUGAUCCUGAAUUUGCAGAAGACCCAAGGAUGGCCAAUGUUGACUUGAUUACUCUCUCUUACACCUUUUUUGAAGCAAAAGAAGGGCAGAAACUACCUCUCCCUGGAUAUAAGUAAAUUUUGCAGUAUUUG